AUGACCGCGUCGAAACCCCCUUUCAACGAGGUCAAAACCUCCAAACCUCCUGCGGUUGACCCUCAAUCUCAACCUUCUGCCCAGUCUGCCGACCUCAAACUCGACUCUGCAACCCUUCUUGAAUACGUACAGACCGCAUAUCUCAAUGCUGACGAGUGGAAAGGACCUUUGACCCUGCACCAAUACCUUGACCGAGAAACCAUUCUGCAGGAGACCGACCUUACCAAGGACGGUGGCAUCACUGGGUGGAUUCUGACUUCCGAUGCACUUCCACGCAACCCUGACGGAUCGCGACCCAUACUCGCGUCCUGCGAAAGUAUCCACAUCCGUGCGUACAUUGCACGUGGCGGAGAGGUUGAGAAGGUCCAGGCACACGGAAUUGCCUCAGUGUUCACCAGGCCUGAAUAUCGUGGGAGAGGCUAUGCCGGUCGAAUGAUGGCAGAGCUAGGCAAGAAGCUGGAAACUUGGAAACAACCGGAGCAUCUCACAAGUCCUUUUUCGGUGCUCUUCUCCGAUAUAGGCCCAAAAUUCUAUGCCAGACAUGGCUGGAAUGUCUUUCCCAGCAGUCAUAUCCACAUGCCGCCGUUAGACCGUAAAACCUAUGACACCGCGAAGACAGCUCUUUCAGCGGUUGAGGACCUGACACUCGCAGAUUUGCAGCAUAUUACGACCACUCAUUACGUCGAGCAGCGCCUGCAAGAACAGUCUGAGGCGCACCCAGGUACGACCUACGUGUGCAUUCGCCCGGACAUGGAACACUUCACCUGGCAUUUCGCUCGAGAUGAAUUUCAGAGUAAGCUACUGGGUAAAGGGGAUCCCAAGGUCAAAGGCGCUAUUCACCGAGAGACAGGUCUGGGCCUGAUCUGGUGUCGUGUAUACGCUGCCAACGAGAAAGACUUCCAACUACACAUUCUGCACAGCAUUAUUCCCCCAGUGAUUCAGAAUUCACCGGAUACGCAGGCCGCCAUGGCAGCCCUUCUUUUGAGAGCACAGCUAGAGGCACAGGAAUGGGGCAUGGCUGCUGGUGUCGAAGUAUGGGAUCCAACCGAACUGUCUGUCGCAGCAGCUCAAAAACUGAGGACGGAGGAACAAGGCCAGGUCGAAGUCAUUACACGAGACGAGGAACACUUAUGCAGUCUACGCUGGAACGCUGAACCUGACAACAAGGACCAAGACAUCGUUUGGCUAGCCAAUGAGAAAUAUACCUGGUGUUAA